AUGGGAGCACCGCCAAACACAGCCCUGGUCGUUCGGGCGCCAGAAGGCCAAUCGCCAACGCUGGUCAAGGAAGAACUUCCCCUGCCUUCCCCAGGACAGGGACAAGUGCAGGUGAAGGUGUCCCAUGUGGCUCAGAACCCUACGGAUGUCCAAAGCUUUGAUGCAAACGCCUUUGGCGACGGGGUAGUCCUCGGCUGUGAUUUCGUCGGAGAGGUCACCGAGCUGGGCAGUGGGGUCACUCGCCUAGCCAAAGGUGAUGUGGUGGCUGGUUUGAUCUGGGGAGGCGAAGUGGCAGGACUGGGAGGAUACAGCCAAUACAGCAUCGCAGAUCAAAAUGUCUCUUUCAAGGUCCCAGCGAGCAUUUCGCGGGAGCAAGCAAGCACAGUCCCCCUGGCUGCAGCCACAGCAUGGCUCGCCCUGUUCUCCAAGGACUGCCUGAGCCUCGAUCGCUCCAAAGCUUCUGGUACCAGUGUACUGGUGUGGGGUGGCAGUUCUAGCGUUGGACUCUAUACCAUCCAGCUCGCGUCGAUCUGCGGCUUUGAGGUAAUUACUACCUGCAGCCCUCGCAACGCAGACCUCGUCAAAUCUUGCGGUGCCAACCAUGUCUUCGACUAUAGCGAUGAGACGGUGAUUGCAAAGAUCAACGCAGUUGCUCCUAAUCUCCAAUAUGUCUUCGACACUAUCGGCAAUACCACCUCCUCUUCGUUCGCCUCCACGGCUUUUGCCGAUCGCAUGGGGAAUCUAUGCACCGUGAGGCCCGGUAAGGCCAACACGGAGCAAGUGACUGGAAAUACCAAUGUCACGGAUGUGCUAGUGUGGACAGCGUUCCUGAAGGAUCACCACUACGGUCCCUUCCAUUGGCCGGCCUCUCCCGAAGAUCAUGCUCUGGCGAGUGAAUUGUUCGAGAAAUUGCCCCGGUGGCUGGAUCAGGGCACGCUCAAGCCCAACCACCCCAAGGUCUUGUCGGGGUUGGACUCGGUGGCCCAAGGAUUCCAAGAAUAUCGGGGCGGCAACGUGUCUGCCUACAAGAUCGUAUAUGCGGUGUGA